AUGGCUGGUUCUCCACUCGAGAGUCUACCUGUCGAGGUCUUCGAAGCCAUCAAUGCAUUUCUGGACCUACGAGACCUGCUCAAUGUUCGCCUGGUGAGCCGCUCUGCCGCGUCGAAAGCGACUCAAAAUCGUUUUGGCUCCUUCUUGCACUCCCGACGAGUCGAAAUGACAAGGCUGGCGCUGCAAUUCUCGGCUGAUUUGACAACUGCCAGCCGCAUCGGCUGCUUUAUCGAAGAGCUUACGCUUGUUGGCGUAGUUUACAACACUGCCGGGCUCCAUCAACAACUGGAAAAGCGCACGAAAGCUAUGGUUGGCCGCGGCUGCGAGGGAUCUGGCAUGCUCGAUGAGCCAAGCGAGCCAGGGACUGCAGCCAACCUUGCACAUGCGGCUGCAGAACUUGACAACAUGCGAAGAAAGCAAGCCGACUACUACCACUUCCACGAGUCGGGAAGAGACGUCACCUUACUGACGAGCGCUCUGAAGAAUCUUGCGGCGAACACAAAACGCCAGGGGCUGGCAUCUCUCUCCAUCGACGUUGUAGAAUACCGCCAGGAUACUACGACCACGCAGCCCGCCACUCACAGGUUAGCCUGGAGAUCGGUAUGGCGAAUGGCAGAAGAGACAUUCCACACUUUCACAGUCUCCUUGGGUGCCGCCAGGUUGCCGAUACAGGAGCUCAACUUAUUCUGCAAUGACUUCUCCGGCCAUUGCAGUCUGCAGUGCAACCAGCUGAGCCGCUGCGACUGGCUUGCAAGCGGCGUUGCCUUCACACUUGCUAACGUCGAGUCGUUGUCAAUCAGUAUAUCCGAUCGCGUCCUCAACGAGACCCCGAACGAUGCCGGGUCGACUGGUGAUCUGGUCGAAAGAAUCAUCUCCGAUGCAGAUGCAUACGCAUACGCAGAUAGGCUGUUACCAGAUGUCGAAGAGCUUAAGAACCAAGUCGCGGGAGAUGAAAACUUCAGCGGCCUGGUCAUGCUACUAAACAGUUGCAAAAAACUAAGAAAGCUCGACUUGAGGCGAUGUUACGUGCGACGACGCCGUUCGGAGCUGAAUGAUUACCAGGGAGAGAAAUUCUUAAAGAAUCUCGUCAGGGCAGAUCAUAUUCCAACCCUCCAGGUCUUGUCUCUACGCAAUUUCGUGGCAAGAGAGCAUGAUUUAAUGAACUUCCUCAAACGCCAUCAGGUUCACGAUCUCACACUCGUCAAUAUCUCAUUGGAUCACGGCUCAUGGAACGUCGUAUUCGACUACAUCACUAAGAACGCCGACACUCUGCAUUUGGACGACUUGUCACAAGACUACCAAACGAUUCUAUUUAGCCAUGGCCACGAGGAGAUCGAAAAUUCACUGAUCAAAGGCUUGCGCAAAUCGCAGAAUAUAUACAAACGCCAGAGUGAGGAUUUGCAUGAGCCGAUAGCAUGGCGUCUUCCUCGCUAUCGCCGUCUAGGGCCGGACCCCGCGGUGGAUGAGCGUACGGAAAGGACGAGGAACAGGUUUGGUCCGCCAGCGGCACAUUAUCCUGGUAUACCCCAUUGA